AUGCUUACAGAAAAAUAUGUGCGUUUGUGCGUGGGGCCGGGUGGAAGACCGAGGCUUUGGGUUCGCGGACGGAGUUUCUACGCGGCGCACACGAUGCGAUCAGGAAUUGUGCGUUGGCGUUGCACCAUGGGCGGAUGUGGCUGCAAGGCCUAUACACAGAAGGGCACGCUGCACAAGCUCGUUGGUGAACAUAAUCACGCGGGCCGCUGCGGUCGCCGAGGUUCACGCGCACCUCCACCUCCGUCUCCGCCUGAACCGCUCUUACUUCCCAGGAUGCCACGACUCGACUUCGACAACUUCGAUCCUAGCGCUUGGCUUGUGCGAUAUUAA